AUGGAACGACAAAAGCAAGCAGCAGAAAGGAGAAAUAAAAAGAAGAAAAAGAAAAAAGUAGAAGAAAUUAGACAAGUAGAAGAAUAUGAAAGGGUAGACAAAAACAAAAAGAAAACAGAACCUAUAGCAGUGACAUCCAUCCAAGCAAAAGAUUUUUCAUUAAUUAGCAAGUAUUUCGGUAGAAUUUUAACAACACAAGAACUAGAUAGACUCAAGAAGAUGCAUAAUUUAUGUGUAGAAUUAGAGGCAAAUGAUGCACUAAGUAAAAUGAAAAACUCAAUCGAAGUACAGUAUGGGCCAAUAAGUAUGUCAACAUUAAAAUUUGAAAAAAGACUUGAAGUAGGUUGGAGUAACAGAAUGACAGAAAUAUGUGCUCUAAAGCAAAAACACCAUGUAAAUGCAAUAAAGAAAGAAAUUGUUGCAAAAUUUCAAAAUGCAUUAACAAAAGAAAAAGCCAGGCUUCGAAAGGAGAAAAAGGAAAAAAGAAGAGCUCAAGCACAGCAAUCAAUGCAUCAAAUGAUGAAGAAAGAAAUUAUGACGAAACAGAUUAUAGAUAAAAGUAGACAAAAAAUGUGGAAAGUGCUAGAAGAGCUGAAAGAAGAAUCAAGACCGAAAAUUAGCUGGAAGAACAUCGAGGAAAUAGCUAUCUUGAGGUUCAAGAACAAGACAGAAAAGGUUACAAGUGAAAGAAUGUGCAAGAAAAAUAAUAAAAGGCUAUUUGAUCAAGAAGCUGAAGAGGCAUGGAAAAAAAGAAAAAAGAAAAUCGUUAAUGCAGAUUGGUAG